AUGAAAGCCGUAGAAAUACUUCGCGAAGAGUGUAAUGGUGAAAAUAUACAUCAGAGCCUCCAUUGUCUCCAGGAAUGUCUCUAUGGCACAGCCUGUGGGAAAUACCUGUUUUGCCUUUCUUGGUACAACUUCUCGAAUUUCGCCGCAACCUACAAAGAUAGGUAUUUGUCGUGGAUAGUGUAUCUCACAGAAUAUCUGCGUAGAGGGCUUCAGCAAUUAUUAGACGACUUCAACGGCCUUGAUUGUGAACAUUGUAAAGGUCCAAGGUGCCAGCGUGAACAAGGUGAUCACGGCGACGAAAAUAGUUGCUUCUGUAAAUCCAUGGUGGAGUGUGCUGUUGCACUGCCCACUUUGUACUCCUACUGGUUCACAUACAAUAGUGCAGCUGCGUUGAAUCGUGGCAGGAAACAGUGUCAUAAGUUCUCCCAGCAACUGGAAAAUGUAGUCAAUAACGAGGUAUUUGAUACCCUCACACAGCGUAUUAAAGAAUUCUUCGAGCACCUUCGUUACCCCUUCAUUUUAUACACUGGUGUCUUCUGGCUGCUUCUCGUUACCUAUUUUUUAUAUGGUCUACUAAUACCACUAGACGUCUUGCACAUGCUCUCACAGAGGCGGUUUACAGAUGCUUGCCGAGUACUACCCAUGCUUUUGCUGGGCAAAAAGUUGGCUCCGGCCAAUAUAAGCUACUUGAUACCGUAG